GAUUCGCUCGGCAUUAUUUGAUCAACAUUGACUGCUCCCCCUGUGAACUACGGACUGAAAUAAAUCCUUGGAAGCUGAAACAAAAAACCACGAUAAUAACGAUGCGAAGUAAGCUUCAAUCCACGUUAUUCCAAGUGGCGGUCGUGCUACCUCUGCUACAUAUGAGUCUGGGCUGUGCAAAAAAGGCAAACUACUGUAGUGAGUCUGACAUAGAGAUCCUAAAAUCUGAAAUUCUGCACCAAUGCAAUAGUAGUUGUGCAAGCCAAAAGGGACCAAGAGGCCCAAUGGGAUACAGAGGAAGUCCGGGACCAGUGGGGAAAACAGGUCCUGUUGGACCAAUAGGACCAACGGGGAGGCCCGGUCCUCCUGGACCUCCUGGAAACAUAGAAGGGGGGACAGGGCUCAUUGGGGCAACAGGACCUUUUGGAGCCACAGGAAGUACAGGGCCAGUUGGACCCACGGGGCGUACAGGACCCGUUGGACCCACUGGAAGAACAGGACCUAUUGGACCUACGGGACCCACUGGACCUGCAGGGCCCGUUGGACAAACAGCGACCUGCACGUCGCAGUGUCCCAAAGGCUUUGUCCAGAACCAGGACUCCUGCUAUUUGUUCCAAUAUAAACUUGGUGGAGCAGCCAAUUGGUUUGAAGCCAGUGCAUUUUGUGCCACCCACAAAGCACAUCUUGUUACAAUCGAAACAGCUGCUGAACAAACCUACAUUGAAGGACAAAUUCGUGCUGAUGAUAAAAGCAGUUUGACAUUUUGGACAGGUGGUAAUGAUAUGACAUCGACUGAGGGAUGGCAAUGGGCCGGAGGACCAUGCUUCGAUACAAAACCAAUGAAUUAUUCUCACUGGGAGUCGGGACAACCAGAUAAUGGCAGAGGCACGGACGAUUGUUUACAUUUGGAUCCUGAAUCUUCUCUUCGAUGGAAUGCCGACCAGUGUAACAAUAAAUAUCAGCCGAUUUGUGAGAUAAAUCUCUAAUUUUAAAGUACUUCUAUAAGAUCCAAUUCCAAGUGCUUAAAAUUACGCAUAGUAGCUUACAUUUAUCGCACACUGAAACAAUAAAAUGUUAUUUUACGGAUUGAAAGACUUUCAAUAUACAUGGACAUACAAAACUUAUUGCAGAAAGCUAUAUAUAUAUAUAUCUAAAACAUAUAAUGACAUAUUGCUAGUACCGAAUGAAAAAAUGUAAAAUAUGUCCCUCUUACAUGGAAGUCAGAGGAUUUGAAGAUGAUUUUAUAUAAGUUUAUUGCACCAAUAUUAACAUACCAUCUAUAUAAUCAUAAUACAAUUACUCAGAUGUGAGUAGGUAGUUACCAGUUACGCCACCAGGUGGCUGAUUCGGGGGAAUUAACAUGGCAGUUAAAUUUGAAUAUGCA